AGGCCUAGCGGCAGCAUUCAUGGUGGUAUUCGGAAUCAGCAUCGUCGACUACCUAUAGUCCAGUCGGUUUCGUUGAAAAAGCGAUUUAUCAGUUGGGGAUCAUUCCUCGUAAGUUUAAACGAAGCAGGGUGUAGACCUGAUUCUUUUUUCCGUAAGUAGGGAUGUGUAUUUUCGGUAAAGAAUAGUUUUUUACCAAAAAUACACAUCCUUGAUUUAGAACUGGAAUUUAAUUUUGAAAAAAUGAUCGAAAAAGCCAUUUAUACAAAAUUUCCAUAUUUUAGGCCCUUUAAAAAGCUUUUAGUUUUGGGCUGAUGUUAAAGAUCAAAGUCUUUUACUGAUCUCCUGACAAUUUUAGGUUUCAACCUAUAUCUGAUUGUUAUGAGAACGUGUCUGUGUAAAAAGAGAGCGAAAAAUCGAGCUUUAUUUUUGAGGCUAUUAAACACGUUGCGAAAAUUCCAUCUUUAAUCUUACGUUAAAUCUCAUCUUUUUAUUAUUUUCUAUCAUACGAACUACUUUCUGCCUCGCGAAAAAAGAAUCAUAUCAUAUCUCUAUCUCAUCAAAAAAGAAUCAUAUGUUUCGUAUAAAUAUAGUAGCGGUUUCGGCCAUAAUUUUUGCAUCAAGGGUUAUACUUUUCACCAGAAACAAUCACAGUAAUAUGCUGCUGUAGUUAAAAUAUAGAUUAAUUUGCUUCUUACUUUCAAACAGGUAUUGCACAAACCAUUCGUGACGACGAAGAGCAAAAAAAACACCGUUUCAGUAAAAAGUAUUUAUUCGUUGUACAAUUACUAUUUGAUAUUCUCAAACAAAAAACUCGAUAUAUUCAGCAAAUAGCUAACAAUGACAGUAACGAGGGAGCGACUGAAAAGUUCGAUAUUAUUAUUAAAAAAUUUCAGGAAAUUGAUCAAGUUUGUGAAGGAGAAAUCCAUCAAGUUCAUUAUCAAUCAUCAUUGAAAAUCAUUACUCAUCUUGCUGAUCAAUUACAAACAAUUCAGCGUGAUACACGCGAAUGA